AUGCUGACUCAAAGAGAGAUGAGAAAUGAUAAUACUGCAAACUGUUAUUAGGUAGUACUAGUUAGUUCAGUUAUCUGUGUGAGUCGGACGUCACUCACGAAAACCAAAGAUGUUAUUAACGAUAUUUAACUGGAAGUGCUGGUUGCUUUGUGCCUUUUGGAUAUUUGUAGCAAAAGCUGAUGAAACUAGAACCGUACAUCAUCCAGAAGUUAAUCCAGAGUGUGAGGAUGAUCUCCCUUGCGACAAGCCUUGGAUUACAUAUGUUAAAGCAGAUGGAAAUAACAUGACUACCUUGCAUCACUUGUGGGGUGCUGUUGGUGCUCCCACAAUGAUGGUUGCUGUCACAGAUCUCAAUGCAACAUUGAGAAUUAGCUGGAACAAUCUGAUUAAUGGAACUGCUGGAUCUGUUGAUUUUAAUGAUUUUGAUGAUGUCCAGUAUGCAUUUGGCUUUGUAAUACCCAAUAUUAUUCUUUUUGAUGAUGUGAAUGAUACUGGGACAAUUGACAAUAUACCUGAAGAGAAACUUGUUUCUGUUCCUAUGUCAAGCUUUACGUGGAAGCUAACAGAAACUCUGAAUGCUACAGGCCAAGAACAAGGAGUCGUAUUUGAGACGGUUGAAUUUAAUGAAACUCCACUCGCAAAUGGUACCAAGAUUUCCAUCAAGGUAACUGCGUAUGGUGAAGAUGGUAGAAGCUCUGCAUUACCACAUCUGAUCCAUACUCCAAACUCUGGACAGAUUGGUAUAAUUCUGGAUCAUCUCAUUUUAAAUGUUACCAAUGAAGCUUCAAAUGAAGAAGGUGCUGCUCCUAUUUCUGGUUUUUCUAAUCCACGCUGGGCAAUGGAUUUGGUAUUUUUUUCCAUGGAACAUAGGGAUUCUAUUAAAAAAGGAUUCGAGUAUGAGACGGUGAAGAGUUUAGAUGAUGAAUAUUCUCCUGGUGUUUUUAAUAUAGACAUGAUUACAACCAACCUUUCUCGUGUAAAUAGCACAGGUGCAUACAUGCAGUGGCGACCUGUUUGCUACUUGACCUCAGACCUGGACAUUACCUAUUCGACUUUUCCCCAUGUUAACACCACGUUUGAAGAACUAAAUUACCUUGAUGAUUCCAUAAAAAAAUCAUUAGCCUAUGCAGUAUUUGGUGAGGAAAUUAUCAAUUCAUUAGUAUCAACAAAAUCAGUGAUCGCCUUUGGUCAGUCAAAAGAUGGUUUCUACACUGGAUCUAAUUACACAGCUUGGACUUUGGCCUAUGGAAUUGGUUCACCUCCUACUGAAAGCUUUUCAACUACAGUUAUCCUAAUUAUAAGUCUUGGAAGUGGAAUUCCUUUACUUGUUUUUAUUAUGGGAGGAACUUAUGUUGGUUAUCGAAAACUUAGAGGUCACUGAUAUCAUAAGACAACUAUUACAAUAAUUGUGAUUUAAGUCAAUAUAUUUAAUGCAUUUGAAACCAUUACAUUAUAGAUAUGUUUAUAGAUUAUACAUUACAAAAUCUAUAAGAAGGUUUCAGAAUGAACUUUGAUUAUAUCUGACUAAUAAAUUGGCAUUCCUUCAUUGUUGAAGACUGUGAUAUGACAGUUUUUGUUGGAUAGUAUAGUUGUCUGUUAAAAGAGAUUUUUAAUAGUAUGUAAUGUUUCUAUUGGAUAGCCAAGAGUUUUCAAUAAGUGAGAUGAUUAAUAAUUCUUGCCUUUAAUGAAUGUAUACUAUUUUAAAAAGUUAACACCCGUCAAUGCCUGUGACAGUGUCUGCAAGUGCAUAGAGUAUUCUUGAAGUGAUUGAGUACACAUUUUUCUAACAAAUGUUGUUGUCCAUAAUUCUUGUGCCAAUUAUAAAUAUAGAAUGUAGUACUUUAUUAUAGUACAUUUCAAUAAUUAAAAAUAAUUAAUAUUUAUGAAAUUACUUGUAAAUUUUAACAAUUUUGAUUAUGUAUUUAUUUUACUUUUUUAUUGCAACUUUAACCCAGGGUAAUAAGUAAUUUUGAGUAAAAAGUCUUCCCAAAAUAUUGCCACUGAGUUGAGUGGUAGUAUCAUGGGUAUCCAAUGCAAAUUUUCUAAAGGGCCAAACAUCAGAGGUAUUGUAAUAUGUAAUGAUGAUUAACCCUCUUACACCGAUUGGACGUAUUAAACGUCGAGUCAAAAUGUCUCCCGUAUGCCGAUUGGACGUAUCAUACGUUGGCUCAAAAAAGUUUUUGUAAAAAUUCGCAGAAAAAUACUUAUAGGCCUACCAGCCGAAAACUUUUGAAUCACGCGCCUUGGGGGAUGCUGGGAGUUCAUGGAUCAAGGCAUUGUUUUGUUUACAAUCGCUACGCAGGCGCGCAAGCGCGAAUUUCUUUCUUAUCGCACUAAAAAGUAUCAGUGACACAUCUCAAAAAUUAUUUCGUCACUUUGACAUAAUUUUUGCACCAUUUUAAAUUAUCUUUUACAUGAAGUAUUAUAUAUGUAAAUGUGCGCAAUUUCAUUUAAAAUACAACAAAAAAAUACUCAUGAUUGUAGCUUUUAUCAGUUUUGAAAUAUUUUCAUAUAAAUAACGAUGUGCAAAAAUUUCAACCUUCGGUCAAUUUUGACUCUACCGAAAUGGUCGAAAAACGCAAUUGUAAGGUAAUAUUCUUAUAUUAUAGUAAUAUUCAAUCAUUUGCCUUCAUUUUGUAACAAAUUGGACGUCUCUAGCACAAUAUUUCGAUUUAUGGUGAAUUUAUGAAAAAACUUUUUCCUUACGUUCGUGCGAUAACUCUUCCGAUAAAUUUUUUCGUGCGAUUGUCCUUUUAAAUUUGCCGUUAUAAAGUUUUAUAUAUGGAAAUGUGUGCAAUUUCAUGCACAAUACAACAAUAAACAACCCAUGGUUGUAGCUUUUAUCAGUUUCGAAAUAUUUUCAUAUAAAUAACGUUAAGUGCAAAAAUUUCAACUUUCGGUCAACUUUGACUACCGAAAUGGUUGAAAAACGCAAUUGUAAGCUAAAACUCUUAUAUUCUAGUAAUAUUCAAUCAUUUACCUUCAUUUUGCAACGACUUGGAAGUCUCCAGCACAAUAUUUCGAUUUAUGGUGAAUUUAUGAAAAAAAAAAAAACAUUUUCCUUACGUCCGCGCGGUAACUCUUCCGAAAAAAUCAGAAUUUUUUUGUGCGAUUGUCGAAAUGUUUGCACCAUUUAAAAUUAGCUGUUAUAUAAAGUUUUAUAUAUGAAAAUGUGCGCAAUUUCAUGUAGAAUACAACUAAAAAUGAUUGAAGGUUGUAGCUUUUCUCUUUUUUCGAAAUAUUUGCAUAUAAAUCACGAUAAAUAAAAAAAAAACCACGUUCGGUCAAAUUUGACUCUACCGAAAUAGUUGAAAAACGCAAUUGUAAGCUAAAACUCUUACGGCCUAGUAAUAUUCCGUCAUUUUUCUUCAUUUUGAAACAAAUUUGAAGUCUCUAGAACAAUAUUGUGAUUUAUGGUGAAUUUUUGAAAAAUAUAUUUACCUUCACUCUGCGCGCCGAUUCGCGGCCGCAAGUCUCCGAAAUACGUACAUCGCAUUAUCCUAAUAUUUGCUCCUUUUCAUAUUAGCCGUUUUAUAGAGUUUCAUAUAUCAAAAUGUGCGCAAAUUCAUGAAGAAUACAAUAAAAAAUAAUUGAAGGUUAUAGCUUUUUUCAUCUCCGAAAUAUGUGCAUAUAAAAAAAUAUACAUAUAAAAAUUUCGACUUUCGGUCAAAUUUAACUCGUCCGAAAUGGUCGAAAUCUGCCAUUCUAAUCUAAAACUCUUACAGUAUCGUAAUAUUCAAUCAUUUGUCUCAAUUUUGAAACAAAUUGGAAGUCUCUAGAACAAUAUUUAGAAUUACGGUGAAUUUUUGAAAAUAAAAUUUUUUUUACGAAUUCGUACAUCAUUUUGUGAUAAUAUUUUUCCGGUGUUGCUUUUAUUGUUUUACUAUGUAUUAUAUAUCAAAAUGAUUGCAAUUUAGUGUACAAUACAACGAAAAAAAAAGUAACUUAUUAGCUUUGACCGUUUUUUGUACAGCGUGAUUUGAAUAAAAUUAUCUAUGAAUUUUUUUUUUUGCUACCAUAUAUCGCAUUAUUUACAUAUGAUAAUGAUAUUAUUUUUCAUUUCUGAUGAUUGCUUACUAAACUUGAGGCAAUGACAAAAAAAUGAGCCAAAAAUGAACUCUUAAUCUUCAAAACUAAGCGCGCUGUGAUUUUUUGAAAAAAUUAUUUUUUCCGCUUCCGCGCUCACUCCAAAUCGGCGCCGGCAUACAGGAGAGGUUUUGAUUUUUAGGGCUUCGGCAUAAGAGGGUUAAUAAAAAUAAUUAAUAAUAAUAAUAAAUAUCAUAAAAUUUAGAAACAUCAUUAGUUCUUAGAAGGCUUGGUGUGGGAGGGGGGGUUGGGGUUGGGAAUCCAAUCACUCAUAACAUGGAAACUCAUGGGUAAUGCCAAGGAACGUAUACACUGGGUUUAUACGUAGUGAGUAUUGUAGACACUAAACAUGGUUAAAAGUUUUAUUUAUUGUAGACACUAAACAUGGUUGAAAAUUUUAUUUAUUGUUUUAAAGAAUUUUCCUUAAUAAUAACCUUUGAUGUACAAGAAUUAAAUUGAAAAUAAGUGCCGUAAUAUACUUGCGUUUGAAUUGACUUAGAGACAAUUACCUCAGGAAAUACUCGUCAUAUCAAGCUCAUGGCUAUUCUAAAUAUAUAGAAUAAAAUAACAUUUAUAUCAUUCACAGUAAAUGGUUCUGUGUUUCUUUUAUGUACCUGUUUAGUGAAUGAAAAAAGACAAAAUACCUUUAAUUCCAGAGAGAGAAUUGUGAUGAUUUCAACAUAUCAGGAAGUACUGUAAAUUGUACUGACCACUUUAUUUUGACAUGUAAAAAGUGUAUUUAAAAUAGUCUAGGUAAUAAAAAAUAAUUGGUACCAAUUAUUUGUUCUUUGGGUCAAUUAGGACAACUAAACAGGAUAAGUGGGUUGUCUUAUGCUAAUAGCUAUGUUCUAUAGGGAACAAACUAGAGAUACAUGUGAAUUUGGGUCUGGAUGCAAGCCACAGAACUCAAAGUCUUAGUAUGAGAAAUUGUUGGUAAAACUCAGCUGGUGGUUGAUGCUAUUGUUGAAUUAUAAGUUUAGUUUCCA